UGGGGACGUAAAGGGCUGAUGAUGAUAAAUAUGUUUGGCUAUAAUACAAUUCUAAGAGUAACCUAUUGUAUACUAAACUCUAGAAAUGAUUGUGGAUAUGUGUUUGAUUUCAACAGGUAAUGAAAAGGAUGAAUCCAAGCCGCUUACUCCCAUGCAAGAAGUGAAUGCUGCUCUGAAAGAAUGCGGGUUUGGGAUAUUCCACGCAAGACUAUUGCUGACGUCGUUCAUUGGUUAUGUCGCGGGCGUGUUAGUCAGUACUUCUACAUCUUACUUACUACCAACCGCAGAAUGUGAUCUACAUAUGGAUUUAGUUCAAAAAGGCCUUUUGAAUGCAAUACCAUAUUUUGGUAUGCUAUUUUCAUCAGUCAUCGCUGGUUUCUUAACCGAUACAUUUGGAAGGAAAAUUUUCAUUACAACCGGCUUUAUCGGUAUAUUCGUCUUCACAAUUGUGUCUGCAUCCAGUCAAAUAUACAACGUAUUGAUUGUAGCAAAAUUCUUUGAAGGUUUCCUAUUCGCUACAUCAUUUAGUGCAGCUGUCACUCUGACGUCAGAAUUUUGCCACAAUGGCAUCCGAGAUAGGGUCUUGUUAUGCCAGUCCUCUUUUAUAUCCAUAUCUCAAGUAAUCAUAGCAAGUAUAUCUUGGGCAGUUCUCACCAAUGAUUGGCAUUUAAGUCUCUUCAACGGUGGAUUUGUGUUAAAUACGUGGAACUUCUACUUAUUAAUAAUGUCUCUAUGGUCACUAACUGCGUGCUUACUAUACACGUUUAUGCCAGAAAGUCCAAAGUAUUUGGUGACACAAAAUAAGUUUGAUGAAUCGAGAGCUAUAUUGAUUAAAAUAUACAAAACUAAUACUGGAAAUUCCGAAGAAACAUUUCGGUAUAAAGAUUUAUGGAAAAACUCUAAAGCAACAAUUCCAGAGGAAAGUGAAGAUAAAGCAAAGUCAUCUUUUGCACAUCACCUAGUGGUUGGUUUACAUAAUAUAAAACCGAUGUUUCGGAAACCAUUGGCAAUAUAUCUGGUGCUUAUAUGUAUAAUGAACCUUUUUAUAAUGUUACUUUACAAUGUUUUGCGGCUAUGGUUUCCCCAAGUAUCAGCUAUAGUCGAACAUAACAGUUUCUUAACGCCCGAGGGACAGUAUCAAGACCUUUGCGGCAUGCUUGACAGAUACACCGGUGGUUUAAAAAUUGUUAAUACUACUUCAACAGAUAUAUGUAUUCCUGUGAAAAGUGGUUCCGAAACUUAUAUCAACAGUAUCAUCAUCGGUUGCGUUUGUAUCAUCCCUUAUUUCAUCAGCGGUGUCCUUGUCAACAAGAUUGGGAAAAAGCCUCUUCUCAUAGGCGCCACCUUGAUCGCCUUGGCUAUUACAAUCAGUUUGAGAUUUGCCAAUUCCAAAAUUGCUGUUGUAUCACUCUUUGCUUUGGACUUGGCAAUAUCACAAAUGCUGAUGAGUCUGAAUCAAGCUGUUGUCAUUGAAUUUUUCCCGACUACUACUAGGUUAGUAUUAUUUAUAUUUUGUUGUCUCACUCUUCGCAUUGGAGUUGGCAAUAUCACAAGUGCUGAUGAGUCCGAAUCAAGCUGUUAUGGUUAAAUUUUUCCCGCCCACU